AUGCCUCAAGAGCACAUCCAGGAUCAGGUCUACGCGGCCUCCAUCAACAACCCUGAGCAGUUCUGGCAGCGCCAAGCGAACAACCUAUACUGGCAUAAGAAGCCGUCUACAGCGUUCCAAAGGAGCACAAAGCACUUAAAGAAGAGCAAUGUGUCACAUGAGCACUGGGAAUGGUUUGCCGAUGGUGAGAUUUCAACAACAUACAACUGUGUGGACCGCCAUGUGGCAAACGGUAACGGCGAGAGGGUCGCGAUUUGCUGGGAUAGUCCAGUGACCGGUCAGAAAGAGCAGUACACAUAUCAGCAGCUUUUACAAGAAGUAGAGACACUGGCAGGUGUGUUGAGGGAAGAGGGAGUCAAGAAAGGCGAUGUCGUCUUGAUUUACAUGCCGAUGAUACCAGCUGCGCUGUUUGCUAUGCUCGCUAUCGCCAGGCUUGGAGCUAUACAUGCGGUUGUGUUUGGUGGCUUCUCGCCGGCGGCGCUGGCCCAGCGAAUCGAGGCAAGUCGCCCUGUCGCGAUCAUGACGGCUUCUUGCGGGAUUGAAGGAGCCAAGAAGCCCACCGAGUACAAAUCGAUGAUUGAAGGCGCCGUUCACAAGAGUAGCUUCAAGCCAUUCAAGACGAUUGUCUGGCAGAGAGAGCAGCUAAGAUGGGAUCCGAUAGUCAAAGAGGAGGGCCAGAGAAACUGGCAACGACUGGUCAAGAGCGCGAAGAAUAGAGGUUUGAAGGCAGAUGCUGUGCCUGUUCAAAGCGGCGACGGACUGUACAUCAUUUACACAUCGGGUACUACCGGGCUACCAAAGGGUGUUGUUCGCUCAGCAGGGGGUCACGCUGUUGGACUGAACUUUUCCAUCAAGUACCUGUUCGGAGUCCAUGGUCCGGGCGACGUUAUGUUCACGGCAAGCGAUAUCGGUUGGGUUGUUGGGCACUCUUACAUUGUCUACGCUCCACUGCUAGCUGGUGCUACUACUGUUUUAUUCGAGGGCAAACCCGUCGGAACCCCCGAUGCGAGUACCUUCUGGCGCGUCAUCGAAGACUACAAAGUGACGACCAUGUUCACCGCUCCCACAGCUCUACGCGCAAUCCGCAGGGACGACGGCGACAAUGAAUUUUUCGAGGAAAGAGGGCAAAGGGGUGCCCUGAAGACACUUAGGGCGCUUUUCCUGGCAGGAGAAAGGAGUGAACCGAGCAUCAUCCAGAUGUACCAGAAACUGCUAACAAAGCACUGCGCUCCAGGUGCCAUGGUCGUAGACAACUGGUGGUCUUCCGAAUCUGGCUCACCCAUCUCGGGCAUCGCACUCAGCGCCUCUGCUGGGCUGGAGUUUUCUUCGCAGGAAAGACCUGCGCCGCUUCCGAUUAAGCCUGGCUCAGCUGGAAAGGCUAUGCCCGGGUUUGAUGUACGUAUUGUGGAUGACACAGGCAAAGAGGUGAAGAGAGGCGAGAUGGGCAAUAUCAUCAUGGCGAUACCACUUGCUCCAACGGCUUUUACUACGCUCUGGGAAGACGAAGAACGUUUCUACAAGGGCUAUAUGAAGAGGUUCGAUGGGAAGUGGAUUGACACUGGCGAUGCUGGUAUGAUUGAUGAGGAGGGAUACAUUUCAAUCAUGGCGAGGGCAGACGAUGUGAUUAAUGUUGCGGCACACCGCUUCAGUACAGGCGCCAUCGAGCAAGCUAUCACGACCCACACCUCCAUCGCCGAAGCAGCUGUAGUCGGCAUCCCCGACGCUUUGAAAGGUCACCUUCCCUUCGCCUUCAUCACACUAUCCGCUCACGCACAUUCCGAGUCCGCUGUGGCAGACGACAAACUCCUCGCCGAAGUUCAACGCCUAGUACGUGAGCAGAUUGGUGCAAUUGCAAGUCUCGGUGGCAUCAUACAAGGCAAAGGGAUGAUACCUAAGACUAGGAGCGGCAAGACGCUGAGGAGAGUGCUGCGUGAGCUGUUGGAGAACGCUACGCAUGGAGAGUUUGACAAGGAAGUCAGUGUUCCGAGUACGAUUGAAGACAGGCAGGCUGUUGAUGUUGCGAGGGAGAAGGUUAGAGAGUAUUUCAAGGUCAAGGGGAAGGAUCUGCACAAGGCCACGGAGGCAAGGGCGAAGUUGUAG